UACCCCGCCAACUUAAACUGAACUUUGACCCGGAAACAUAAGGUAUGCUCAUGUUUCCACACGAAGAUGGCUGAUGAUGUUUCCAGUCUCCGUGUAGUGAGAAUAAGUGAAGAACAGUUACAGCAGACAGCACAAUGUCACACGACUAAAGCUUCCUCAGGAAACUCUGUACCCUCCAGUCAUGGUGGUUCCAGUGCCGGUAACACAGACCAGGUCAGGAGGCCACCCAGGAGACCUGCUAUGGCCAUCUACCAGCCUGGAGUCAGCAGACUAGCCAGGAAGAAGAGUGGAUCCACAGACCACGAGAAUGACAGUUCCAGCAAAGUUACUCCUGAAAGGGGUAAAACAACGAGAAAAAAGGAGACAGACACAGAAUGUGAGGUCUUGAAUACCUCUGGUGACAAAGAUGAGGUAUCAGAAGAUGUUCUGGCCUCUGAUUUUCAGCACAGAAGUUGCAGAGAUGAAACUACAAGAAAUAGCAAACGUAACAGAGAUUGUAGUUGUUCCUUGACCCCAGAGGAAACAGUUUUAGCAAAAGAUACAUCUGAUGACGCAUCAACCUCAGGGAAACCUAGGGAAGAUUUGAACAAGAAGAAAGUUGAAAGAUCUGACUGUAAAACUGGUCAUGGUAACCAAGCCAAAACAGGACGUCAGUCUAGCGCCUCUAGAAAAGAAGAUUCUCCCACAAAUGUCGAAAAGUUUGCAGGUGAAGCUGGAGAGGAGUUGAAGAAAAAGACAGCUGAAGGAUCUGAUCGUAAAAGCGGUCAAGGGAACCGUGCCAAAACAGGAAAGUCUAGCACUUCUACAAGAGAAGAUUCUCCCACUGAUGUUACAAAGUGUGCAGGUGGAUCUAGAGAAGAGUUGAAGAAAAAGACAGCUAAAAUAUCUGACUGUAGAAGUGACAAGAACCAUGCAAAAACAGGACAAUCUAGCACUUCUACAAGAGAAGAUUCUCCCACUGAUGUUACAAAGUGUCCGGGUGCAUCUAGAGAAGAGUUAAACAAAACGAAAGCUAAAGCGUCUGACCGUAGAAGUGGUAAUACUAAUAGGAACCAUGCCAAAACAGUACAGUUUAGUACUCAUACAGAUGUGGACCCUCCCACUAGUGUUGCAAAAUCUGCAGGUGGAUCUAGAGAGGAUUUGAACAGAAAGACAGCUGAAGGAUCUGUCUCUAGAACUGGUCACAGAAAGCAAGCCAAAACAGGACAUGUACACUUUAGUACUUCUCCAAAUGAAGACUCUCCCGCUAAUGUCUCAAAUCUUGCAGGUAGACGCAAAACAGGAAAACAAGAUGCAAGUUCGAAUGACCACUCGUAUGAUAACCCACAGAGUAAAGAAGUGCGACCUUCCACCUCAAAAAGUCAGCCUGAAAGAGCAUCUACGGGAAGUCACCAAAAUGUACACAGCAGAGGGAUCAUACACCUCCCUCCAGGACUGCACACUCAACAAUCGGACAAGCAGGAAACAAGAACGUGUAAUGACAGCAAGCGACUGUUUGACCCUCACAAACCCAUGGAAAGUUUCCAUCAUACAACAACCAAGUCUGAACGCGGCAUGCUUGUUGGAAAUCAGCAACAUUAUCAGUCUUCUCAGUCUCAUUAUAAUAGUUUUUCAAGAAGUGCAGCAUGUGUGCACAGUAACAAUAGCAGGGACAGGCUUCCUACAUAUAGAUUUAGUCAUCAUGAUGUACAUAAUAUCUGCUAUUCAACAAGUGAAGAUGACCAUGAGUUUACAGAACCAGAGAGUCAGAAGUGGCAGGCAGUGUUACAGCAGGCAGAGGCACUGGCAGCAGACCUCAGGCUCCAUCUGUCCCAGGGUCCUCCUGAUGAGAAGCAUGUGGAGUUGACCUUACAUCUGCAGGUGCUUCAUUCUACACUGAUCUGCUCCAAAAACUGCAAAGGAAUCACCAGUUUGACCUGGACGCCUACACCUGUCAUCUCAGAACUGAGCUGCCACAUAGAAAUCUUCUACUUGAAAGCUCAGCGUCUGUAUCCCAACAAUGGCCAUCCGUACAACCAGCUGGCCAUCUUGGCAAUAUACACGAGAAGGAAAAUGGAUGCAGUUUACUUCUACAUGAGAAGCCUGGCAGCAAGUAACCCGUUUGUGACUGCCAGGGAGAGCCUCAUGACUCUGUUCGAGGAGGUGCGAAGAAAGCUGCUGAAGAGUUUUGAGCUGAAUUUCCUUCACACACAUGGAAAACUCUUCACAAAGACUGGAAUGGAGACCUUCUCAGCAGUAGUGCAGCAGACCCUCCAUGAGUUCCAGACCCUCCUGCAGAACUCACCUUCAUCUAUAGGAAACACCAAACUGCUACAAGUCAUGGGGAUCAACAUGUUUGCUGUCAGCAACUGUGCUACUUCAGAAGGCUGGACAGAAGGAAGCAUGUCUCCUGUAGAGGAGUGUGCUGUGAGACUGGGGAUGGACAUGUUUGGUCUUCUGGUCACUACUGCAGCUCACAAUCUACAGCAACAGAGAGUCAGGGAGAGUGAACAAGAGGGCAGACCUAAUCCUGAGCUACAAGAUCUGCUGCCCAGUUUGAAAGUGUGGGCAGACUGGAUGACAUGUCAUCAGUCCAUGUGGAACCCAGCAACCAACACAUACAGCAGUAGCCCAGUUGUUAAUACCUGGACAGCACUGGCUGACCUUUGUAAUGAGUUAGAGGAGAGUGACUUGAGCACUGUCACACUGGAGGAUGACAACAGAAAAGGUUUGGAGCCAGUUGUGCUGGAAGAAGACUUACAUCUGGCGGGGUUCCAACCACUCAGCAGUCAGAUCAUCAGUGGGGUCAAAUAUGCUUCUCCAGACUCAGUUCAGAAGGGCAUUGCACAAGACACACUGAGAAAGAAGUCUCUGCAGUUAUUUGGACAGUACCUGUGUGGGAUUGAGAGUCCCAUCCUGAUGUGGGAACAUGGCAAGCAUGUGUCCAUCGUCUCUCAUCAGGAUGCAGAAGACACUGCAGGGAAGGGCAAGCUAGAAGCAGGAAAUAUGCAAGCUGAAGAAGAUAUCAUCAUUGAAGGCUACACAGAAGAGGUGGAAGAUGAUGUUGAGAUGUGGGACAAGACCAGGGGCUCCUUCCAGGAACUGAAGGCUAAAAGGGAUCUGCUGGCCAAACUUGUGGAAGAGAAGGAGAAACGGAAAAACCACAUAGAGGCUGUGCUGGAUGACCAGACGUCUGCAGUACAGAUGGAAGUGGAAGUCACUCCAUCAUUCCUGGUUCCAGACACCAACAGUUUCAUAGACUACCUGCCUGGUCUGGAGAGGCUUGUAGGCUGUCAGAUGUUCACAGUUGUGGUUCCUCUUGUUGUCAUUAAUGAGCUGGAUGGCCUGGCCCGUGGCAGCAGACCUGGACUGGACAAGGCCUCGGGACACGCACAGAAGCUACAACAAGGAGCCGUGCUCGCUGUCCAGUUUCUGGAAGAUCGCUUCAGUUGCCAUGACAACCACCUGCGAGCCUUGACCAGCAAGGGCACCAGUUUGGACACGAUUGCGUUUCGUAAUGAAGAUAUGCCAGGACAUCAGGGAAACAACGAUGAUGUGAUUCUGUCAUGCUGCCUUCAUUUCUGUCAUGAUGUGGCCAAGGACUACAUGCCUACAAAAAAGGGUGAACCCAUCAGGCUGAAGAGAGAUGUGGUCCUGUUGACAGAUGACAGAAACCUCCACCUGAAGGCUCACACACACAACGUUCCAGUCAAGGAAAUACAAGCAUUCAUUCAAUGGUCAGGCCUGUGAAAAUGGAGGCACAGCGUCGAUAUUAUUAUUAUUGUAUAAUGGACGAAUUGUCAACAAUUUACUUGCACGUUGUAAAAGACACAGUGACUAAAGAUAUUUCAUCUGUUACAUACCAUAUUGCCUUUGAUGAUUUGGAUUACGAAAUUGGAAGUAACUGUGGAUAAGUGGGGCUCUUCUCCCUGUUAAAUCUUUAAGCUAUGGAUGUCACAUGAUAUACAAUUUUAAUGAUAAUUCGGCUUUAUUCUAUUGUUAAGGUCCAUGACUAUUUUGUUUCCUAGGAACAGUACAAAAUACAUCUACCGAUAUCUACAUCCAUCAUACAUUAUUUGAUAAUUA